CAACAUCUCUCUCUCCCCGUCUCAUUCUUCUUCAUUCAUUCAUCUCUGCUUUUUUACGUCCCAUCAAUAAGUCCCCUCCUUUCACAUUUUCACUCUCUCUCUCCCAUUUUCUUCUUUCUUCCUUCCUUGUUUCUUCUCCCCUCUUCUUUUCUCUAUCACGAAAACUCUUUUCCCGUGAAAGUUUCUCUACUCCAGAUUACACAAAUCUUGACCUAUUCAUGUUACUGGUUACACCCCUCAACAAACAAAACCCGAAAGACUUCAACUUCAACUCCAAAUCAACCACACAUCGUCUUACUAGUUAGUUCUUGAUCGUAUAUCUCACGGGGGUUCAACAAUUGGAUCGAUAUAAUUGUCUCUUGCGGAUCAUGGAUUCGGCAUCAGGAGGAGCGGGGCCGAGUGCAUCCGACCCGAAUAGUGCUGGUGUGGCGGCGUCGGUGUCACAAGCAGAGGGGUCGUCGGCGGGGGCGCCGCCGAGCCGAUAUGAGUCGCAGAAAAGGAGGGACUGGAACACGUUUUUGCAGUACCUGAGGAAUCACAAGCCGCCAUUGACAUUAGCUCGGUGCAGUGGAGCUCAUGUGAUUGAAUUCUUGAAGUACUUGGAUCAAUUCGGGAAGACCAAGGUUCACAUCACCGGAUGCCCCUAUUUCGGCCACCCGAACCCGCCGGCGCCAUGUGCUUGUCCGUUGAAGCAGGCGUGGGGAAGUCUCGAUGCGCUGAUCGGACGCCUCAGAGCCGCCUAUGAAGAGAACGGCGGACGGCCGGAGUCUAACCCGUUCGGAGCCAGAGCCGUCAGGAUUUACUUGAGGGAGGUCAGGGAAGGACAAGCCAAAGCUAGAGGGAUCCCUUAUGAAAAGAAGAAACGAAAAAGAAGCGCCGUAACAACCACUGUGGUCAGCUCCAAUGUGUCGGCAACAACCAACACCGGCGGUGCUGGCGCCACUUCAAGCAGUGGCGGAGACGGCGGAAGAGGAGGAGUUGACACCACCACCACCGCCGGUGGUGGUGGUGGUAGUAGUGUUGUAGUUGCUUCUAAUACAACUACAAUUAGCACGACUACUACUGCUACCGUAUAGUGUAUCCUAGUAUAAUUCUGAUAAAAUCUUACUUCUUUUUCCCUACUGCUAUCUAAAUUUAUUCGUAAUGAAAUUAAUUAUGAUCUUUAAUCCCAUUUCUAAGGCCAUUUCCUCAAUUCGAAUAGACCUAGUCGAUCUACAAAUGUUGUAAAAACGCUGUUCUUGAAUGUCUCGUGGCUUAUCCUUC